AUGGAUGAACAAAUAAACUCUCAACAGACUAGGAGAUCCUCCAAACAAGGCCUGCCUCUAAGGAGGAUUGGCUUGCCUGGAAAAAUGAAGGAUGAUACAAGUCAAAAGGCUGGUGACAAUGCUUCUAGGAAAGUAGGCGCUAAAGAUCUACGGGCCUCUUUAGAUGAUAAGAAGACCAACACCAAGAAUCGUGGCCGUGAAUUUGCCAUUAAUAACAGCAGGAAGUCUCUACCAGUGCUAAAGAGGGUGAGCCGUGCAGAUGCAAGUAAUGCCAAGCCAACACUAAAGACUGAAAUAAACCAGAAGACCUCAAGAUCAAAGUGCAUCUCUAGUUCGAACAAAUUCAAGUCCAUUGCUACUGUAUCAUCAAAGGAAAAAGAACCUGUGGCAUCUUGUCCGGAAAACAUGCCCUUCGUGGUUGUCAAUGGAGUUACUGAAGGAGAACCUUCAUCUGACAGCAACAAGGAGUCAGGUGCAGAUCACAAAUCAGAGUUACUAAAGGAACAUGGUGAAGUUAUUGAGCAGGAAAAGCUACCAAGUAUAGAUGAUACUUUCAAUCAGCUGGAAGUUGCUGAAUAUGUUGACGAGAUAUAUGAGUACUAUUGGGUUUUGGAG